AUGGCUUCAAGGGAUAGCGAUUGUUUGGAUUCUAUUAAAUGCCUUCUUUUGCAGGGGCCGUGGGCGAGUCUAGACCGAGCGAGUGAUGUCAUCUGCUCCCUUUUGGAUGACUCAUUGAAGAUAUGUUGUUCUGAGGAUGACAUGCGUCACAACCCUGUUGUAAACGCAGAGAACAACACCGAGAAGACUGGGCUGUUUUUUGCUUUUGUCAAGUACUUUGCUACGGAACUCACUCUCAGGUACAUUGGAUGUGUCCAUGGAACUUUUAAAAGGAACGAGAGCACCACCGUUCACGGUUCUGUCCUUAAAGAAACUCGAGUCGGAACCCAAAAGCCACACAAUGCAGCGACGUAUUUGGUACAAUUGCAGCCUUCUGUUUUAUUUCCACCCGUUCAAGAGCUUUUGCGGCAGCCGUCCCUUGUGGCAGCUAUCGAACUUCUCGCGGAAGCCGUUUGGAAAAUUCAAACGCUGCUGCAUCGUGGUGGCAGUGAUGUGGAAGUCGUUCAUGUGGGGCGGUGCCCACUUUGCUACGCAGCAAGCAUUGAUCAUGUCCCGGGUACCGACGCCAUGUGGUCCCUUUUAGAGUUUUACGCCACCUAUCGCAUUGCCCGGGAAUUACCUUCGGAGUGUGACGGAAAGAAGAAUGCCAAUUUGAACGCUACUCAUUCAACAAACGAAAGCCAUGAUGAUGCGAUUGUCGCCGAUGUCGAUACACGACGACUUUUAUGGACACACGCCAUUGCUGUGUGUCGCAAUGCUAUUUGGAAUGGAGCGGUGCAAACGUUGCGCCUCUCUGUAGAACAGUGGUUAUAUGCUGGGACGCAUCCGACCCUGUUUGCGGUGACGACUCCUUCGCAGGGGAGCGCAUCAGCCGUGCAGGUGGGCGGAGACGUUUUUAGUCUUUGGGCCUUUUUGCUGAUUCAGUGUUGUCUUCUUGUUCAGGAGGAAGUGGCGUUUGAAAUGGACACCGCCAACACAACAAAUAAAACAACUCCUGUGAACAAAAAACAGAUGAACAAUACGCGUAUGACACCUGAGGAAGCUUCUUGUAAAGAUGCGGAUGACGAUGGUGUUUUUUCCCAACUGUCAUCCUUAACACCACAGGACCGCGGGGACGUGGGUCUUCAUGGCUCGCUCUUGGCUCUGUAUGAAAUGUCGCAUGGAGCAGGUAUCACUGCUGCCUUCGUAGCGCUCACAACGACGGCGCCGUAUGAAGCGACAGGUGGUUUAACGCUACUUUAUUGGGUGUGUGCGAGGGGCCACGAGUUUUGUGUGCGGCUGCUUCUUACGGCAUGGGUGGCGGUGCACCGCGAUGCCCGGUUGCCAUCAAAUGUAACACGCACAGAAACAUACGAAGAGAAACGCGUGCGUAUUGGCUUUGCGAGGAUGCAGGGUUCGGAUUUGGUAACAGAUGAGAAGGUGGUGCCAAGAAGGACCGCGAAGGCCAUUCGCUGCACUGCGUUGCAGUUUGACGAAGGCAUUUUGCCGUGCGCCAUCCUGGGCGGGAGUAUUUCCAUUCUUCGCCAGCUGUUCCUAUGUGGGGCCUCGCGCCAUCAGUGGGUUGGCGGGGACACAAAGAACGAAGAGAUGUCGGCAUUACUGCGUGACCCGGGCUUCGUGCUGGAUAAGGCGGUUGGCUCACUUCAUGAACGCGUUUGUGAUGCUUUGUGUGCUACCGCGGCUGCCGACGCCCUUGCAAACGCCGCAUGGAAACUUUGGAGGGAAAAGGUGCGAAAAUUAACCGCCGGCGAAUCAGGGGAGGCAUUGUACAAGCGCUCACACGACGGCGUUAUGCGCACAGCUCUUGCAGCGCUUGAGUUUGACCCCCACAACCCUCUUGCCCGCACCACGCUGCGGGACCUGCUUGCACGCAAGGUUAUUGAUUCCCGCACGGUGGAAAGCCUGACGGGAGAAGCCGCUCUGCAUCAGAAACGUUACUAUCAGACAGCGCGUCGGAUGUGCGAGCAGCUUUUUACGACUGACACGGAGCCCGAACGGGAGAUACGCUCUCUUCUGCAGUCCAUACAAAUUGUAUCCGGGCCCUCAUCAUCAUCAUUAUCAUCACCUUCUUUGAGAGGAACUGCAACAGCGCCCGUAGAGUCCGAGAACACGUUCUUAUUUCGGAAUAAUUUUGAGGGCGGAGACGUUAGUGGAGGUGGCGGGUCGUCGGCCACAAUUGUCAUUGAUGAGAAACAGAGGCCAGUGUAUGCACUUGUGAACCUUACCGACCCCGCGGCGUCGGCAACGUCCAAAACGACUGCGAUGAUGCAUCCACUGUGGGUGCGACUCCCGCAAGGUGUGGACGUGCAGCGAAGCCUCGAAAUUGCCGGCGGUCUUUAUGGGGUGGUGGAGAGUGCCUUGCCCCUUGUCGCACCCGUAGAGCGCGGCGAUCUUGUCAUAUUUGAGCUGCGCCAAGAAUUCUUUCGUUUCGACGUGACGCGAAUUGUGCGCCCGCAGGAUGGUGUGGUGGUGGAGGUUCCAUGCGUGCUGGAAGGGGACGGCGAGGAGGUGAAAACAUCCGUCCUGCGCUGCGCCCUGGUGCCACCGCCUGUGCACGAGUUGGACGACGACCGCGUCAGGAGCGAUCCUCUGCAGUGGCUUGAGACAACAUCGACGCAGGCAGGUGACGCAGUGGAGCAGAUUCUCAACAGUCGGCAGCACCUUCAGCGGUGGCUGCACAUCGCCCAUCGAUGCCAUCGCACGUUGUGGUUUCGAGAAGUCUGCGUCACACCGAGCGCGGCAUGCGUCUGGCGUCUUUUUAAUGCCUCCAAUGGGGUUCAUGCACGUUCUGCUUUUGCUGUGGCGGCAUUCUCCUUUGCGUGUGGCGUGGAGUCUGAAGAAGCGGAUGAUCCAUUUGGAAUUACGUCAGAAACUAUCUUUGUAUUGCGACCGCAAGAAAAAAGUGCUGUUAAAAGUAACGUCGCGUUCCGUGUGGCAGGCGUCUUUCCCACCUGGGGAUGGAUGUGA